AUGGCUGCCGCCGUGCCUCCCUCGCUCGUGCCGUCGCUUGUCGUUGAUUCCAGGUGUGAGCUGGGCGAGGGGCCAAUCUGGCAUGCUGGCCGCGGCGAGCUGCUGUAUUUGGACAUCUUGGCUGCCAAGGUGUACUGCUUCUCGCCAGAGAAGGGCUCGAACAUCGCAGAGCACGACCUGUCGGCACGCACAUCCAUCAUUUCGACUGUCGUGCCAGUCGCCGGCUCGAACUCGGAAGUUCUGGUGGGCACCAAAGAGGGUGUAGCGCUUUUUGACUUGGACACAAAGGCUUGGCAGCCGCAUCCAUCAAAUGUCAACGGAGAGUUCGUUCGCAUGAACGACGGCAAGUGUGACCCUCAGGGGCGGUUUUGGAUUGGAUCGAUCGGACGUGUUGGCCCGGAUGGCGCUGACUUGGCGCCACAUGCUGCGGCUCUCUAUCGCUUAGACUCGUGGGGAAGUGGCUUGGUCGAGACGCUUGGUGGCGUGACGGUUAGCAACGGGCUGGCAUGGAGCCAUGAUGGAAGGACCAUGUAUUACACGGACAGUCUAACAUUUGGUGUCGAUGCUUUCGACUUCCAUGAGGCAAGCGGGGAGAUCACGAAUCGCCGGCGCAUAAUAGAUGUAUGUACUGAUUUCCCACCGGUCCCUGAUGGUUGUGCGCUCGACAAUGAGGGCAAAUUGUGGGUAGCUUGCUUCGGCGUUGGCCAAGUGCGGCGUUACGAUCCGGAUAACGGCGCACUGCUGGCAACGGUAGAUCUGCCACACAGCACGGCUGGGACCGAGUGCACUGCAUGUGCUUUCGGAGGAAAAGACCUGGACGAGCUCUACAUCACGACUGCUCACGAGUUUUGGCCACCGGAGAGACAAGCAGCAAUGCCUAAUGCGGGCGGGCUCUUCAAAGUGUCACGCGAGGAGUUGGCAAAGCUUGGAGCGAACAUCACUGGCAUGCCUACGAACUGGUUCAAAAAGUGA